AUGGCCGGGGCCGGAGCGGGGCCGCCGGUGAAAGUGCUGGCUAGCCAGCUGCGGGGGGCGAUGCGUGGCGCCGACGGGACCUGGCACUUGGGCCGGGCGGAGACGGGCCGGGCGCCGCUGCGCUUGCGGGCCGUGUGGAUGCAGGGGACCGUGAUGGAGGUGGAGCUCGGCGGCGCAGGCGGUGGCUCGGCCCGGCUGCAGGACGGCAGCGGCUCCUUCGCCGUGCUGGGGGUGGAGGAGGUGCCCAAAGGUCGGCCCUGCCUCAGCGCAGGGAAGUAUGUAAUGGUGAUGGGUGUGGUGCGGUCCUGCAGUCCUGAGCCUGUUCUUCGAGCAAUAAAGAUGACAGAUCUUUCUGAAAAUCCCAUGCAUAAGAGUAUGUGGAACCUUGAAGUGGAGGAUUUGCACAGAGUCAUCCCAUGAUGCUUUUUCUUCUGCC